AGAGAGCCGCCGCGUAAGUUGUGCGCUUCAACUUGUAUACCGCCAGCAGCAGCAGUAGCAGCAGCAGCCGAGUGGACCCAUUUCACCGACUCGAUCAUUCUACAUCGGAGGAGCAUCGAUUGACUCGACUCUUUAUAUUAUAUUUUCAUUAUAAUAUAUUUCAGCAACGCAGUGUGUUUUUUUACCAGUGUGUUGACCUAGUGCGCGAGGAAAAUCGUUAGUCGGUAAAGUUGAUCGAUGUUGCAGUGAAACAAAUUUAAAAAAAAAAAAAGGAAAAAAGGAAAAGAAACACAAUAAUCGAAAUUAUUGAUUCAAGCAGAAAAAAGUGUUCAAGUGUGUGACUUUGAUCACUGAAAUUCACAUUAUCGGCUUCUUAUAUGAGGGAGAUCGGUAAGCGCUGAGAGCAUCUGAGAAGCACCCGGUUCCACUAUCGCCGUUUUCUCUUUCUCUCGGUGUGUGUGAGUGUGCGCUCGUGGCGGAAAGGAGCAGAGCAGUCAGCGCAUUGAAGAUUUUUGAAAGAUGGCGUCGGCGGCAGCUGAGCUGGUUGCGGAGCGCGAGCCGGAGCCGCGCAGCGACAUCGUCGUCGACGCUAAUUUGACGUUCAUCGGGGCCGAGGGCCUCGUGCGCAUGGCCCUCGACCAGUACACGGAAAUCCUCACGACGGUCUCGGACCCGAGGGUCAGCGACUGGCCGCUCAUGGACUCGCCGAUACCGACCUUCCUCAUCGUCGUCUCCUAUCUCUACAGUGUCACGAUUCUCGGGCCACGGCUGAUGGCCAACCGCAAGCCGUUUCAAUUGAGAAACACGCUCGUGGCUUACAACGCCUUCCAAGUCAUAUUUUCAUUGGGAAUGCUCUACGAGCAUUUGAUGUCGGGAUGGCUGCUGGACUAUAGUUACAAGUGCCAACCAGUCGACUACUCGCACGACCCUUCGGCGCUGCGUAUGGCCAAUCUCUGCUGGUGGUAUUUCAUCAGCAAGUUCACCGAGUUUGCUGAUACGAUAUUCUUCGUUCUGCGCAAGAAGGACAGUCAAGUGACGUUUUUACAUCUGUAUCACCACUCGCUGACGCCCCUAGAGACUUGGGUCUGCGUUAAAUUCAUCGCCGGUGGCCACGGCACCCUUGGCAAUCUAAUAAACAACUUUGUCCACGUGAUCAUGUACUGCUACUACAUGCUGUCCGCCGCCGGACCCGAGUACCAGAAGUACCUCUGGUGGAAGAAACACCUCACCACCAUUCAGCUGGUGCAAUUCUUCCUGGUGUUCGUGCACAGCGCCCAAGCCCUGAUAUUCGACUGCGGCUACCCGAAGCUCAUCGCCUCGCUCCUUCUUCUCCACUCAACGAUCUUCUUCGUGCUGUUCUACGACUUCUACUUGGCGGCCUAUCGCAAGGAGCAGGCAAGACUCAAGAAGGCCAAAUAAAGAAGAGGACGAGAAUCGACAAUUCCGUAUUUGUUGAUGCUGUUGUUUCUGCCACUACCGCCUUACCAAAAGUGACCUUUUUGACUCGA